AUGGACGCAUUGGCACCCUCAUCAAACACACCCGUUGACCCAGUGGCAAGGCCAGGGAGUGCUACUCGCUCUCAAACGCAACAAGUUUCGCAACAGCAACGACAACCUUUGAGUGGCUCGCAGACGCAGACAGUCGAGCACACGGAACUGGCACCUCCACCUGUCAUCACAGCAGGGACAUUACACUUGCGCGGAGGGAACUUGACCGACAGAAAAGUGCAAUGGGACGACGACGUGGUGGAUAAUGAGGGGCUAGGGAAGAAGAGCAGUAAAGUAUGCUGCAUAUUCCGCAAGCCUCACAAUCCAGACGACACAUCUUCGGACUCUGAAUCAUCCUCCGGGUCAGAAGCAGAUGAUCCGAACGAACCAAACGCAUAUGAGAGGGAGCCAAAGUCUGUGAGAAAGCAUCCGAAACGGAAAGGGAAGGCCAACUCGUACCACCAUCAUGAGCACGCGGAAGAGUGCAGCCAUAACAACGGACCCUCUGGGAGUGGAUCAAUGCCGGUGUAG